AUGCACAACAAGUAUAUGGUUUGGACGAGUGCUGAAUAUCCAUAUCCCAUAUAUUUGGCUGAAUUCAGAUCCAAACUAAACACAAGUGACGGCCGACAGAGACUUCAAGUAUUCAAACGAUCGCUAGUUUUAGACAGAAGUCUGAACAGACAUAUAGCCAUCGACUGGAUUCACGACUUGAUAUUUUAUGUGCACUCAACCAAUAUCAAGGUAAUUGACGUGAAUAACCCGGAGGUGGGCUAUGAGGUGACAAAUGACCCGUAUACAAAUAACUAUCAUAGCAGCUAUCAUGGUCAGACUGCGGUCAACCCUUUCGACGGAUUUAUCGUAUGCCCUGAAUAUACCACAAGCAAUGGUUGGGCUGUCAUUAGGAAAUGCAAUGAAGACGGAACUGACCAUCAGAUUCUGGUCUAUAAAGACGUACGACUUCCGUUGCAUUCGUUGUCGUCAAUUGACUUCUUCGGCAAUAAUCGGAAAAAUUUAAAACAAUCCAAACAUCUGUUCAGCGAUUGUCUAGCGAUGGAUGUGUUCAACGGAUCCAUAUAUUGGUCAUCGCCUAAAGAUAACAUCUCGAUGGACUCCAUGUCCGCACCGAUAGAAACUGUGGUCAAAUCGGAUGCAGACAUAGAUUUCGUGCGAAUAUUUCACUCAAAUAAGCAACAAAUGGAUUUGGCCACUUUGUAUAGACAGCCCAUUAUCGACAACCAGUCUAUUGCUGGCAACACAAGCAAUGACUUAAUAGAUAUAACCGAAAGUUAUAAAUCAUUGGCAUUGGAUUACAUCCAUAAUAUAAUAUACUACCCCCUGUGUAACUACACGAGCAAGGAUAUUGGUAUAUAUGCCGCCAAUAUCACUGACCCCCACAAACACCAGUUCCCAAUCGUUAGGCAACAACAUUGUGUGGCCAAAGAUAUUCGUGUGGAUCCGUUGGAAUCACUAUUAUUCUGGAGUGAAUACAUACCAUCGGAAACCAGUUCCAGUUCUUAUAGUUCUUACAGUUCUUACAGUUCUUACAGUCGCUACUCUUCGAGACCAACUUAUAGUGACACUCGACUUAAAAGCCAUAUAUUGCGGUCAUCACAGGACGGACAGGGCCUUCAGAUUAUCGUGUAUUCACAGUAUGUGCGAAGGAAUACCUUGAGCAUUGACAUCACAGCCAAAAGGCUUUAUUGGAUUAGUUCCGAGGGUUCGUAUUCAUCUGUCAGUCGGUUAUACACUAUUGGAUACGACGGCUUAGACCAGAGGCUAAUCCUGUCGUCAAAGAGUCUGUUCUCAGAGACCAUUAUCACCGCAAUGGAUGUGUUCGGGGAUUACAUCUAUUGGACGGACAAUGCAAACGAUACCAUACUUCGCGUGAAUAUGAAGGAGUCGAGUGAAGAAGUCCAAGUGGUGUUGCAAUCGGGUAUAGACAUCAAUGCCAUGAAAGUAGUGCACAAAUCGCGUCAACCUAUGGCUAGAAAUAAAUGUGAGUCUCAUUUGUGUCCCGAACUGUGCCUACCGUCCAGUUAUAAUCACCGCAACUUCACGUGCCGUUCCCUAUGCGAGUCGCAGACUUGGAACGGGAAUACCUGUGUCACUGUGAGCCCGGUGUCCGUAACUCCUAUUUAUAGAGUGACAACCCCUUCAACACCGUAUGAAGUGUUGGACAACGAAACGAAAAACAAUCAACGAUUACUCAAAAAGUCUUAUGACUGCAAAUCAAUGGCUUAUGAUUUUAUACACGAUUUGGUGUAUAUAGGGGUCGCUAAAGGUAUCGAAGUGUUUACUAUUGGCCACAAUCUGUACUCAUAUGAUGUGGUCAUUCAUAAUGAAUAUCAUAAUUCAUAUGAUGUGGCGGUCGACCCCUACAAUGGACUACUUGUAUGGUCUCAAACGAAGUAUACGUUAGUCUCAUACGAAUAUAUGGGAAGCAUAAUGCGUGCCAAUCAGGACGGCUCUAACAUACAGGUGCUCUAUAAUAGUACGGGAAAUAUUAAAAUAAUAACACUCGACAUACCCUCACAAUUGGUUUAUUGGAUCGAUACAGACGCCCUUUUUUUGAAAUCAAUCACUUACUCAGGGACUUAUUACCGGUUAAUAAAAGAUAGUUCCCAGUUUAGUUCAGCACUUUCUAUGGAUAUGUUGGGGGAAAACAUUUUUUGGUCCAAUUCUGGUACUAAUUCUAUAUAUAUAACCGAUAUUACCGAAAGGGAAGGCGUGGAGAGGUUGAUCACGUCGUACGCCGAUUUACAGGCUAUCCGUGUCCUCGACCCUAACCGACAAAUCAAUGGCACAAAUAGGUGUCUCAAUCAUAAAUGUUCGCAACUCUGUCUACCCGUCCAACAUUACUACCGGUGUGUUUGCGCUAAGGAUCGGAUUCUGUGUAAAGAGAAUGAAACAUUAGUACUGCAAACAAAUGACACGAAUCUCAUAGAGAAUACAACCGAUGAUAGUAUGGGAAGGAUAUCACAAAAAUUGGAUUCUUUGCUGAACACAACUAGUAAUGCCACCAACUAUUGGAUUAUUAUAGCAGUGGACAGAGGUCCAUUGGCUAAUAAUUUAAUGGCUAGAUUCAGAAAUGACCGGGAUGAAGUGAUUUUGAGAGAGACGUCCAUUAAUGGAGAUCUGUGACCAU